AUGGGACAAGACCAAUCUACUCAAAAACACGAUCGUCUCCACGACAUCACUGAAGCUGAUAUGGCUCUCUCUAGCGAAGCAAGCAGUGUGAUUGAUGGCUCCCUUGCUCGACAUGCUGUUGCAGGAGAUGAUGGUGGGUCCGAUAAGGGAGUUAUACAAGUCGUACAUGGUACAGGUGAUGAUGGUCAAGAAGAAGAAAUAGUGAGAUUACAGCAAGUCAAGCGAUUUACACCUCUUGUACGAGAGAAUGAUCGUGGUUUUGGUCUUGAUGGAUUACUUGGCAUUGCUGUCGGUAGCAGGUCAUCAUCAUCGAAUGCUUCACAAGAGCAAACCAAUAGGAUGGAAAUUGAUCCGGAGCCAUUGGCUGAUACCCUUUUUCGUUUAUAUCAACAUACCGAACUUUAUAAGAGUAAAAUGUGUGAGCGGCAGAAAGGCUUGCAUGAUCGAAUACAAUACGCUGAAAGACUCAGCCAGCAAACGACACAAGCACUGAUAUUGGCGCUGAAUCAAGCCAAGAAUGCGAAUGAAAGGAUACCAGAGAUCAAAGCGUUGACAACCCAUGCUGAGAAGGCACAAGGAUCAGCCAAGAAGAUAAUGGAAGGAUUGAACAACAUCAACAGCCAUCUCGCAUCCGAUGAUCAACUAGACAAUGCAGCACUUGAAACACGGUGGCCGGUGUUGUCUCCACUUUUGAAUACCACAGUAGAUGCCAACAAUAUAGAAUCAACGAUGGAUGUGUCAUCCUGA